GAAACACCCAAAAUGGAAUAGGAAUGGUUUGAAUCAGAUCACUGCUUUAAAUGAUCUUUCCCUCGCUGAUUUGCGCUUUCGGGGGAAAUACCCGACCAGGAAAUAAACAAAGUUCAUGUUUAUCCGGGGCCGUAGCUGCCCGAUACGUGUUCGGUAUGUCGAUAUUGUAGCAAAGUUUCAGAGCAGAUCAUUGGCACUUGUUACCGAGACAAACACUUCCUGGUUCAAGCUCCAAGUCGAGAAAGGAUUGCGCCGUGAAGCAACGAAGGCAAUAUAUAGAAGUGGGUCUAGAUUCGAUUCCUGUUUUGUCUGAAGUCGUUAAGGGAGUUUGUUCAUUGAUUCCUUCUACGAAUGUCUUCCCUUUCGGAGACGGAAUAGAGCGGAUCCAUAGCAGAAGUAGCAACAUGGGGAAUUUCAUACGGACUCACUGUACAUGUCUCAGGUGUGUCUGCCCCUGUGUCUUCAACACUGAUAAGCCCAAAGAAGAGAACAUCCAGCCCCAGCCGCACCCCCCGGCCGUUCCCCCCUUGCAGCUCAAGAUCUAUGUAGCUUUGUACGACUACUCGGCUCGCACUCCCGAGGACCUGAGCUUCGAAGCCGGGGAAAGGCUGGAAGUUACCGACCAGUCCCUGGACAAUUGGUGGCUGGCUCGGUCACUGUGGCGAGAGGACAGCAGACAAGGCUACAUUCCCAGCAAUUACGUUGCUCCUGACUGCAGUAUAGAAGCACAGCCAUAUUUCUUUGGUGGGAUCAAACGCAUAGAUGCAGAGAAACAAUUGUUAAUGACUGGAAAUGGUAACGGCUCCUUUAUAGUCCGAGAAAGUGAAAGCAAGUUGGGUGACUAUUCACUCUCAGUUCGUGAUGAAGACAUUGUGAAACAUUAUAAAAUCAGGCGGUUGGAUGAAGGCGGAUUUUUUAUCACAAAAAGAGCAACCUUUCUAACAUUGACAGAGCUUGUCAACCACUAUUUGCAAAAUCAAGAUGGCUUGUGCACGCAACUUAGAGCUCCAUGCCGGAAGCUGGAAACUCCAGUUACUGUUGGGUUAUCCUACAACACUGUGGAUCAUUGGGAAAUUGCACGUGACUCUCUGAAACUGAUAAAGAAAUUGGGUGCUGGAACAUUUGGAGAAGUAUGGCAAGGAGUUUGGAAUGACAGAACUCAAGUUGCAAUAAAAACCCUGAAAACUGGUACGAUGGCUAAAGAAGACUUUCUGAGAGAGGCGCAAAUAAUGAAGAAACUGCGACAUCCCAAGCUUAUCCAGCUGUAUGCUGUCUGCACUGUAGAAGAACCAAUUUACAUUAUUACUGAAUUAAUGAAAAAUGGGAGCUUGCUUGACUACCUACACAAAAACCAGGGGAUGACUUUGACCAUAAAUGAUCUGCUAGAAAUGUCUGCGCAGGUGGCUUCGGGAAUGGCGUACCUGGAAGCUCAGAAUUACAUCCAUCGGGAUUUAGCUGCACGGAAUGUGCUGGUUGGAGAAAACAACAUCUGUAAAGUUGCUGAUUUUGGACUUGCUCGAGUCUUUAUGACAGGAGAUGAAAAUGUUUACGAAGCUAGAGAAGGAACAAGGUUUCCCGUAAAAUGGACUGCACCGGAAGCUAUCCAUUCCAAUAAGUUCAGCAUCAAAUCUGAUGUUUGGUCCUUUGGAAUACUAUUGUAUGAAAUAAUCACUUUUGGAAAGAUGCCUUAUCCAGGAAUGUCAAAUUACCAAGUUAUCCAGGAAUUGGGAAGAGGAUACAGAAUGCCAUGCCCUUCAGAAUGUCCCCCAGCAUUGUAUGAAAUCAUGAUAGAUUGCUGGAAAGAUAAAGAUUUUGAAAGACCAACAUUUGAAACAUUACAGUGGAAGCUUGAGGACUUCUUUGAGACUGAUCUUUCAGCCUAUACAGAUGCUAGUGUUUUUAUUAGCUAAUGCACAUAACAAAUGUUAACAUUUAUCUGCUGUGAUCAAAUCUGAUUCAAUACUCACAACUUGAUACUUAUAAUUUGUGAAAGCAGUUCAAUCAUAUGCAUACCCAUUCAGUCAUAAAUCAAUUUGGGGCUAUUGCAUACACAUACUAGACAUCUAUGAAUAUAAUUUACCCUGGCUGUGCAGUCAGAAGUUCACACACAAGUGUAAAGGUCGAAUCAAAUUCCAUGCAAUUGAUCUAUAUAUUAUUUUAUAUGAACUAUACGGAUCAGAAAUGGCUGAUGUGGCAUUCUUGCCGUUAGAUUAUGUAAAUGAAGGGAUCAUUGCUAUUCAGAAACAUUUAGCAUCCCUCAAAACAGCAGGUUUUGUAUGAGAGCAAUAAUAGACAAUAACCAAGUGGAAAAGCAACCAGAAAGUGACACUUGGCCAGGAAGCUGCUGUAUUUUUAUGUGAGGCAGUACCUUUUGAAGAGGGGCACAGGAUAGAUAAAUACAUUAGUUGUCCGUUGUGUUAUUGCUGGGGAUGAAAUAUGCCUGCAGAAUUCUGUUCUGUCUUCUGUGUCUAAAUGAGAAGAAUAUAGAACAAAGUUGAGUGUGAUACAUAGUAGGAGUUCAAUCCACUAUUGCCCAUUUUGUACCCCUGAGGAAGUUUACCUUUAUUUCCAUUAACUUCAGUUUAUACAGAAAGGUACAGUAUAGUGCUUGCUUGUGUGAUAUUUCAUUAUACGGAUUAUGUAUAAUAUAUUUCACUGUUUAUGCCAAACUGUAUUCAAACAGCAGUUGAAUUUUUUGAUUUUCCUGUCCCCCUGAGUAAUCAUAGAAAUGCACACAUUAUUUCUGACUAGAUGAAUGGUUGCCAUAAAACAUAACAUCAUCCUUUUUGCAAAGAUUUCUCACUGAUUCAAUAUAUUUUUUUAAAUUUGGUAAAAGAAUGUGUCUCUUUCAAUGAACAAUGGAAUCUACAACUAAAUGACUAUAGUAUGCCUUCAGGACAAAGCAUUGGUGAACAUUCUCAGCAACCUACAUUGUUUCGGAAAAUUCAAUCACACGAUACUACAUGACACACAGUCUUAAUGGUACUUUCACAAUUUGUAUAUAAUUUUAUGUCCACAUACAGAUUUAAAUUUAUUUUGUAGAGCUGCAAGAAAUCGCAAUGUAUAUAAGCUAAUUACAUUUAAAAAUUAAACUGCAACUAAUCAUAUGUUUUGUAAAUUGUGACAAAGAAAAUUACUUGAAUCCUGAACUAUUCCAGUUUUAUGCUUUUGUACUGAAUUUGGGGCAUUAAAUUGUAGAGAUAUUCUAAUCCACACUGAUUCCAAUUUAUAAAGUUUGGCUUAGAUUCAUGUAGGUACAAGAUUGACUGAUCUAGGAAAUGUUUCGUAAAUCUUUAUCUGACAUAUAACAGGUGAAAGGGAAUAUUCAGUUGUUUCAUUUUUAAUUGUCUACCUUUUUCAAAGUGACUUACUGAGGAUAUUACUUCCAUAAGACUUGAUGUUUGGAGACUGAUUUAAGUAUUUAAAACCAAAUAGCAGUAUUGUCAAUCUUCCAACAAAUGUACAGUAGAAAUUUUUACUGAAUUUUAGAAGAAACUAUUGCAGAAAAAAGUAUGAAAAAUGUUCAAUGUAAUUAAUGCACAAAAGGUGCAGAGAGAAAGAGAGACCACGUGAAUUAGGACUCACCAUAGGUUACUGGACAUUUUAUCUGCACUGUACCAUUGGUUUUGUGAAAGUUCAUUCACCUUUAACCCCUGCAUGAAAUGCAUGGAAUUGUGUAUUCUUUACCAAUUCACAUUUUUAAUGCAAGGUUAACUCCAGUAACUAACAGGAUAAAAGUUAAUUAUGAUAUUUAUUGGGUACUGAUUGCCAACAAUUCUGUUUCCAGGAAGAAAAUGAUUGUACAAGCAUGGAGUUUCACAUCAUUAAAUUGCAAAUUGUUGCUGGAGAUUUAAGAAAAGUCCAAUUUAACUGUGUGCAUGUUUUCUUACUUUUGUCUGUGUUUUGAAGAAAAACAUUCACUUUCCCUCUUUUCUCUGAUCUUCAUGAGUCUGAUUUGACAUUGACUUCACACACUCUAAUUUACUCUCUAUCCCAUCUUCACUUUAUUUAUUAUGACAUUAAAAAAUUGGUACAGGAGUAGGCCACAGAGCUUCUUCAGAUGUCUCCACCAUUCAGCUGAUUUGAUCGUGACCUGAACUCCACUUUCCGCCAGUGCCAUAGUCCUUUACUUCCCUGUGGUUCAAGAAUCUAUUAAUCUCAUUCUUGAAUAUUGUCAAUACCUCAGCCUAUACACCUCUCUGCAGUAGAGAAUUUCAGUUAUUAGCAUGAUAAUUAAUACUUCCUCAUCUCAAUCUUAAAUGGGUAAUUCUGAAACUGUGCCCCCCGUGUCCAGAUUCUCCUUCAAGAGAAACAUUCAAUUAACAUCUUUUUAAGCCCGCUCAAAACUUAACUAUUCAAUAAGAUUCUCUUUCCUCCAAAAUCCAAUUGGUAUAGACACGACUUGUGCAACUUUCUUCAUGAGACAAUCUGUUUACCCCUGGAAUCAACCUUGAAAAAUGUUCUGAAUAAUCUCCGAUACUGAUAUUUAGCCUUAAGUCAUGAGACCAAAAUAGUAUGCUGUAAACUAGCUGUGGUCUCACAAGUGCCUUGUAAAAUCGAAACAAAACUCUCCUACCCGUCAUGCUCCACUCUUCUUUUAAUGAAAGUCAACUUUCCCAAUGCCUUCCUAAAUUUUUUCUGUGCCUUCAUUUCUUAUAGGAGGGCACUCAAAACUCUAUCACAGCUUUCUGUACGUUAUCUCCUUUAAAAAAUAUUUUGUUUUCAUUUUCUUCCUGUAAUGGUGGAUAACUUCACAUUUUUUCCAAAUGAUGCCAAAUCUGCCAAUAAUGUCUCAACCUAAGUACAUCUGUCUGCAGGCUUCCAGUGUCAUCCUUACAGUUGACUUCCCUAUCUGUCUGUGUUAUUGUCAGUGAAUUUAGCUACAGUACAAAGAUUUUUUCAUCCAAGUCAUCAACAUAAACUAUAUAUGGUUGAGUCCCUAUCACCUUACUGUACUUUAAUUACUGUUUGUCAACCUGAAAGUGAUCUAUUUAUCUUCUCAUUUUCUGUUAGCCUGCCAUUAGUCUCUCUGAACUAAUACAUUGUGCCAAAACCAUGAGCUCUUAUCUUGUAAAGUAACGUUUCAUGUAGCAUGUAAUUAAAUGUCACUUGGAAACCCAAAUACAUUUUAUUCACUAGUUCUUCUUUAUCUACCUCAUUUAACGUGUUAUCAGCUGUCUCAACAAAAUUUUGAGAAAAUAUGUGUGAAAUCCAUAUAUGCUUCAUCAUUGGGUUCACCAAUUGGGUUAAACAAUUGUUUACCAUUUGUAAGUUCACCACUGGGUUAAACCUUCAGAUGCCCAUUCCAGCAAAAUUUGGACUAAUGUUUGCUCAAGUGCCUUUGCUGAAUAUAAAUUGCUUGGUUAUCUGAUGUCAAAAAAAAAAGAUUUUAAAAGUACAAGUUUUGUAACUAAAAGAAGUUAAAUUUACCACAUCAUCAAUUUCAUCCUGUGUUUAAUUCAUAUCUUAAAAUAUUUUCUGGCUGAUGGCAGCUUCAUCUUUCAAUGUUUAUGUAACUCUUAAUAAUAAAGUGAAAUCAUCCACUGGAGCAAAAUACUGAUGGAAUUUGAAGGCUUCAGUCUAAUUUAAAAUAAUGUUAAAUUGUUACGCCAAACAAGUGAUGUGAAAUUAAUGUUGUUAAGUGGUAUAAUUUUAUAUUGAUUUGUUGUUGUGACAGAACUGUGUAAAGAGUUCUUAGUUUAUUUUUAGUUGUUGCAAUAUUAACUGAAAAAUAAGUCUCCUCCUUGCAUGAUAACAGAGGUAAUGGACUCUACAUAUUCUGUUUUGCCAUCUGAGGAUCCGCUUCAUGAUUGAUGGCCUUGACCUUCAGUCUUAUUCUUCACUUAUCCUGCCUCUAAUUAGUUGAGCAAGACUGUACUCUCAUGUGCCAAAGUUCCUUGAAUAAUGCAUUAGUCUAUUUUCUCAUGAUAUAAUAUCAGGAAUUUUGCAUGAAAAUUACCAGUAAUACUUUCAUCGGGGGGGUUGGUGUGAAGCAAGAAAAUUGUUAAAUUGGCUAUUUGUGCUAUGAAUACAAAAUUAUUUUAUUGCUGGUAGGAUUUUAUAUUUAAACAGUAAUUGUGUACAUGAUUUGUACCACAUGGUAGUUAUAAUAUUACAUGAUUAAAUUUUACCAUAAGGAUCUGUUCUGAAAUUAAUUAGAGCUCCAUGAUUAUCCUGUAUGUUUGUUGUGUAUGAAAGCUUAAUAUCUUUAACUGAAAUUCUCUUUCUCAGAGCUGUACAAUUUAAAUGUGUUAAUGUUAUACACUUAAAUAAGAAAACGAACAAACAUAUGGAUAUUGUACUUAUAAAGGCUGCGUUUCUACAUUUUAAAAAAAUUCCUCAAUAAAUGUAGACUGUUUUGGUAAACAUUGACAUCAUAGUUGUAUUAUUUAGAAGUUUAAUGAUUUAUUUACAUUGCCCAACUAUAUAACAAAUUAUUUUUUUUCUUUACUUGCUCUGUGGAUCAUCUGGUCAGAAUUUUGAUUUCCAAAAAUGGCUAUAUUGAGAUUGGAUUGGAAGUCAAAACGUUAAAAAUCUGGAACAGGAUCCAAACACACACACGUCUGGUUUUAAUGAUCAAGGUCCUCAUGGGAAACAUGUUUGAUACUUAAAUAUUAUAAUGAGCUAACAUCUGCAUUUUAACAAGCAUUUUUAACUACAGCUGUUUGGAUUUUGCAAGAAAGGCUGAAUCUUUUCAAUAAUCCUGUCGAACCACUGGCUGUGACCUGAAAGCAGUUAGACUGCCUGUCCUGGCCUAUUCGGUUACCCAGCAAAUGCCCUUCUGAUAUACCAGUUUUCCGUUUGCUCCUAACAGUGAGAACCAUCCACCAGUUGAUCAUCAACGUUCAUGAUUGUUGAAAUCCUCUACCCCUGUAACUGAGAAACACUGACUCUCCAGCAACCCAAUGGCUUUCCCAAAUCAUUCACGUUUUUCCAAUACCUUUACAUGCUUUUGUAGGUUCUCUAUCCGUAGGCAGUCUCCAACCUGUUGGAUCAAAUGGCCUGUGGAUGGCAAACUCAGAAAAAAAAGCUAAAGCAAUGCUACAGUUAAAUUCUGCAGGAUAUUCAGGGAAGCUAGUCUUUGAGAGCCUCCCAAUUGUACAACUGCACAGAAGUGACCUGACGGACCUCCAUGUUAAAAUCCAGACCACUGUGUUAAAGAAAGAUGUAAUAAUAUUUGUUUUCUCGUGUAGGUGUUACAUUUAAGUCUAUGAUUUUACAUUUUUUUGGUUUAUAUUUCUGCAGACAGUUUGCCAACAAACUUUGUACUUGAAUAAUGGCUGCUCAAAAUUACAUUUUUUUAAAACGUCUGGAGUAGAUUAUUACA